GACAGAGUUACCGAAACGAUUACAAGCGACGGAUAAUAAAUGCUGGGUGAGACGCGGGCGACAUUUACGUGUUUAAUUUCUGUGAUCGGCAUAAUUGAGAGUUUUUACAUGCUUUUGUCAAAUAGACUAAAAUAGAGAAACGGGUGCCCUUUAAUAAAAACCCAGCGCUAGUUUGCCGGCACUGCCGCGUUGAGGGAAAAAUUCCCCCUCCCCUUUCACUAAUCUGGAGCUGCGGGAGGCUCGCUGAACGAUCCCAUCAGUGGAUGAGGACAGGACAGUCGAAUUAGCAGGGCAGCCAUGGGCUUGACCGGGAAGAGGUCGGAGAAGGGCCCCGUGUGCUGGAGGAGGAGGGUGAAGUCCGAGUACAUGCGCCUCCGACAGCUCAAGAGGUUCCGGAGAGCCGAUGAGGUCAAGAGCAUGUUUAACUCCAAUCGGCAGAAGAUCAUGGAUCGCACCGACAUCCUCAACCAGGAGUGGAAGCAGCGAAGGAUACAGCCCGUCAACAUCAUGGCACCUGUAAGCUCGUUACGGGGGACCAGAGAGUGCACCGUGGGAAGCGGGUUCUCUGAGUUUUCAAAGCAAGUCAUUCCUCUGAAGACCCUGAAUGCCGUGGCUUCCGUACCUGUAAUGUACUCCUGGUCUCCACUACAGCAGAACUUCAUGGUGGAGGACGAGACAGUUUUGCACAACAUCCCCUAUAUGGGUGAUGAGGUCCUCGACCAGGAUGGAACCUUCAUUGAAGAGCUGAUUAAAAACUAUGAUGGGAAAGUCCAUGGAGACAGAGAGUGUGGCUUCAUCAACGAUGAGAUCUUCGUGGAGCUUGUGAGCGCGCUCACUCAGUACAGCGACAACGAGGAUGAUGAAGAGGAGGAAGAGCAACAGGAGUACAAGAUGGAAAGGAUGGACCUGUGCGACGGUCAAGACGAUGUGGGCAAUGGCAGGAAGGAUCGUCUCCGCUGCUCCGGGGGCAGAAACGGCGAAAACUCAAAGAAGUUUCCCUCUGACAAGAUAUUUGAAGCGAUUUCGUCCAUGUUUCCAGAUAAAGGAUCACCGGAGGAACUUCGAGAAAAGUACAAAGACCUGACGGAGCAGCAGCUGCCGGGCGCUCUCCCCCCAGAGUGCACCCCCAACAUCGACGGCCCCAACGCCAAGUCCGUGCAGAGGGAGCAGAGUCUCCACUCCUUCCACACGCUCUUCUGCAGGCGCUGCUUCAAGUACGACUGCUUCCUGCACCCAUUCCAUGCAACUCCUAACACGUACAAGCGCAAGAACAUGGAGAACCUGCUGGACAGCAAGCCGUGCGGAAUGGACUGCUACAUGUACCUGGUGCAGGAUGGCAUGGUGGGCGAGUACCCGGCCAGCGUCGCCGGGCCGGAGCGGGAGCGGGAGCGGGACCGGGAGCGGGCCAAGACGCCCUCCAAGCGGCCGGUGGGGCGGCGCCGGGGCAGGCUCCCCAACGGCGGCAGCAGCAGCCGGCCCAGCACCCCGACCGUCAGCGCCGAGACCAAGGACACCGACAGUGACCGGGACGCCGGGGGGGACGACGACGACAAAAGGGACGAGACCACCAGCUCCUCAGAGGCGAACUCGCGCUGCCAGACCCCCGUGAAGCUGAAGCUGAAGUUGAGCUUGGAGCCCCCGCAGAACGUGGAGUGGAGCGGCGCCGAGGCCUCGCUCUUCAGGGUGCUCAUCGGCACCUACUACGACAACUUCUGCGCCAUCGCCCGCCUCAUCGGCACCAAGACCUGCAGACAGGUUUACGAGUUCCGUGUAAAAGAGUCCAGUAUCAUUGCACGGGCGCCUGCGGAAGAUGUGGAUACACCGCCAAGAAAAAAGAAAAGGAAACACAGGUUGUGGGCCACGCACUGCAGAAAAAUCCAACUGAAAAAAGACGGCUCCUCCAAUCACGUGUACAACUACCAGCCAUGUGACCAUCCCCGCCAGCCCUGCGACAGCUCCUGUCCUUGUGUCAUAGCUCAGAACUUCUGUGAGAAAUUCUGCCAGUGCAGCUCUGAAUGUCAGAACCGCUUCCCCGGCUGCCGCUGCAAGGCGCAGUGCAACACCAAGCAGUGCCCCUGCUACCUGGCGGUGCGCGAGUGCGACCCCGACCUCUGCCUCACCUGCGGCGCCGCCGAGCACUGGGACAGCAAGAACGUCUCCUGCAAGAACUGCAGCAUCCAGCGCGGGGCCAAGAAGCACCUCCUGCUGGCUCCCUCAGACGUCGCGGGGUGGGGCAUAUUCAUCAAGGAGCCGGUCCAGAAGAACGAGUUCAUCUCCGAGUACUGCGGGGAGAUCAUCUCCCAGGAUGAAGCAGACCGCCGAGGGAAGGUGUAUGAUAAGUAUAUGUGCAGCUUCCUGUUCAACUUGAACAACGACUUUGUGGUGGACGCAACGAGGAAAGGGAACAAGAUCCGGUUCGCCAAUCACUCGGUGAACCCCAACUGCUAUGCAAAAGUCAUGAUGGUGAAUGGAGAUCACAGAAUAGGGAUUUUUGCCAAGAGAGCCAUACAGACCGGUGAGGAGCUUUUCUUCGACUACAGGUACAGCCAAGCAGACGCUCUCAAGUACGUGGGCAUCGAGAGGGAGAUGGAGAUUCCGUGAGCCUCGACGUCCCACAGCACUGCCUUACCAAACUUCAGGACUUUUGAAAGUAUACCACACGUGUUUCUAUACCGUUCUCUAAGUCAGGUGCUUUCAGGGUUAUUUGAUACCUGCUCUCGUUUCAUUCACACCAGCAAACAGUGGUUCUCUGAACGUUUUUUUUUUUUACGGUCUUUUUCCCCACUUCCUCAGAAUGCCUGCUCAUCUGUUUUUCUACCAGCGAUGUAUUUUUGAAACAAUGGAACAUUUGAACACAAACUGCAAUACUUGAACUUUCACCGCUGUUUACCACUGCUUUAUGAAGGCUGAAAUAAAACCAUCUGCAAAUUUGGUUUAGUGUUGAUGUGAUGUUGUGCUGUUAAGAACCAUGUUUAAUUUCCACCGUGGAGGUUUUGUAGAAAAUCUUGGUUUGUUAUUUCAAUGUGGCUUUUUUCGUAUUCAUUUGUUGUGACUACUAGUUCUACAACCAUUUUAUUUUGACAAAAUUUGCUGUGCACCAACAUGUGAUUAUUGGCAUGUGUAGAAGAUGCAUACAAAGACUGCCGUUGAAUGAAUUGUUUGUACAUUUCGUACCCUAAUGUCACGAGGUUUGUAUUGUGAAACCCAAGUAGUCGUUUUGCUAUAGAUGUGUCAUUGCCUGAAAAGUAUCUUAACUAAAAGGCAAUAAACCAAGGUCCAAAUAUGGAAUAUCUUUGUCAGGAGACUAAAUGGUGAUGAAAAAUGUGAAAAGUAUUCUUGAGCACUUGGCUUUCUUCAUUACUGUCCUAAGACCAAAUUGCUGUGUAGAAAUUCUAUGCUGAAGUCAAUUUGGUUAGAAAGACAGUUGUGAGCAGUAAUACUCAUUCAGUUAUAUGGCAAGAGAUCAGCUAAUGGUGUGUAAGUUCCUCUAUGUAUGGUCCAAUGAUGCAAAAUUAGUAACGCUGUGAAUAUCUUGGACGUGCAUCAUGCAGCCGUGAAUCUUGAGUCCACAAGAUGGGAAACUAAAGCAAUGACACUAUUCUGAAACUGAGUGCGAAUCACCAGCUAUUUAACACACAUUCAAAUGUUACUUUCAAACAAUUUUGAAAUCUAGCUUUUGGAAACUUAACUUAUUGAAAAUCAACAGUGCAUCACAAUUGAAGGGUUGUGCUCAAGUAGUCUGUCAAUAUGGAAUACUUACAUGCACCAAUGACUUGUACUGA